GCCACGCUCAACUGUUGGGGGGCGGGGCCUUCGCCAACUAUGGCGGGCGAGCUUGAGGGAUCUAAGCCGCUGAGCGGGUUGCUGAGCGGCCUGGCUCAGGACGCUUUCCAUGGGCACCCGGGCAUCACGGAGGAGCUGCUGCGGAGCCAGCUCUAUCCGGAGGUGCCACCUGAGGAGUUCCGCCCCUUUAUGGCGAAGAUGAAGGGGAUUCUUAAGUCUAUUGCAUCUGCAGACAUGGAUUUCAACCAGCUGGAGGCAUUCUUGACUGCUCAAACCAAAAAGCAAGGCGGGAUCACAUCUGACCAAGCUGCUGUCAUUUCCAAAUUCUGGAAGAGCCAUAAGACAAAAAUCCGAGAGAGCCUCAUGAACCAGAGCCGCUGGGACAGUGGGCUUCGGGGCUUGAGCUGGAGAGUUGAUGGCAAAUCGCAGUCAAGACACUCAGCUCAAAUGCACACUCCUGUUGCCAUAAUGGAGCUGGAAAUAGGGAAAAGUGGACAGGAAUCUGAAUUUCUGUGUUUGGAGUUUGAUGAGGUCAAGGUCACCCAAGUCCUGAAGAAGCUCUCGGAGGUAGAAGAAAGUAUCAGCACACUGAUGCAGCCAGCCUAGCUGAAGAUGGAGCUGUUGAGACAAAGGUGUUCAUGAUCCCUCCCCAGGGAUCUGCUUUUUUUAAAAAAAAUCUUAUUCCCCCAAUAGUAUUAAAUCCUCAAGUUCAAAUCUU